GCCUGUAACCGAGGUACAUGCCCUUGGCUGGAAUCAAACCCAGAUCUUUAUUGAGCACCUACUAUGUGCCAGGCCCUGUUGUAGGCUGUGGAGACAGAACAGUUGACAAAGCAGACAGAAAUCUGUGCCUUCAUGGAGUUUACAUUCUAGCAGGUGAAGGCAGACAAUACACAAAAUAAAGGAUCAUGGCUGCAGGAGUCUUGCCUCAGCAUGAACAACCAUAUUCUACUCUGGUGACUAACAGUGGGCAUGCUGCAAACGUGAAAGGUAAUUCAGGACGUCCAACACCAAAGUAUACAAAAGUCGGAGAGCGUUUACGGCAUGUCAUUCCUGGACACAUGGCCUGCUCCAUGGCAUGUGGGGGCAGAGCAUGCAAGUAUGAAAAUCCAGCCCGAUGGAGUAAGCAGGAGCAGGCCAUUAAGGGGAUCUACUCUUCCUGGGUCACUGAUAGCAUCCUGGCCAUGGCUCGCCCAUCCACUGAGCUCCUUGAGAAGUACUGCAUCAUUGAGCAGUUUCGGAGCCAUGGCUUAAAAACAAUCAUUAACCUGCAGCGGCCGGGUGAGCAUGCCAGCUGUGGGAACCCUCUGGAACAGGAAAGUGGUUUCACAUACCUUCCUGAGGCUUUCAUGGAGGCUGGCAUUUAUUUCUACAAUUUUGGAUGGAAGGAUUAUGGUGUAGCAUCGCUUACCACCAUCUUAGAUAUGGUGAAGGUAAUGACAUUUGCCUUACAAGAAGGAAAAGUAGCUAUCCAUUGUCACGCAGGGCUUGGUCGAACAGGUGUUUUAAUAGCUUGUUACUUAGUUUUUGCGACAAGAAUGACUGCUGAUCAAGCCAUUGUAUUUGUUCGGGCAAAGCGUCCCAAUUCCAUUCAAACUCGAGGACAGCUACUGUGUGUGAGGGAAUUUACUCAGUUUCUGAUUCCUCUUCGCAACAUAUUCUCUUGCUGUGACCCCAGAGCACAUGCUGUCACCUUAACGCAGUAUCUGACGCGCCAGCGACAUUUGCUUCAUGGUUAUGAGGCACGACUUCUGAAACAUGUGCCAAAAAUUAUUCACCUCGUGUGCAAAUUGCUGCUGGACUUAGCUGAAAACAGACCCAUAGUGACAGAAGAAGUGGUAGAAGCACCUGGCCUCUCUGCCGAAAUUGAAAAGACUGUUUCUGAGGCGGUUACGAUGCAGCUGGAUAGAGAUUUGCUGAGGCACGACAGUGAGGCCUCGGACUUCUUCACCCCCACUGCAGUGGCUGCGGAUGUCGAGAAUCAGGAUGUGAUUCUUUCCAGUGAGCAAGAGUUUGACCCUCUUUGGAAGAGGCGGAAUGCAGAGUGUCUUCAGCCCCUGACUCGCCUGAAAAGGCAGCUCAGCUACAGUGACUCAGAUUUACAGAGAGCCGAGUCAGUUUUGGAGCAGUUGGGGACUCCAUGGACAGUGCCUGCUCAGGUCUCGUUCUGCCACAACCCCAGGCAGCAGAUGCCCAUAGGGCACUGUGACACCCCACAGACUGCACAGCUGGAUUUCAGUGACGAAAUGCUGGUCCACAACACAUUUUCUUUCUGGAAUCCGUCUAAAUUUGGAGGCUUACAACAACUCAAAGAUGAUGGUUCACCAAUUUUCCAAAGGAAGAAUAUUCCGAAGGAAGCACAGCGGAGCAAAACCUUCUCUUCAGGUGUUUCAGGGUCACACAACCCUGGGGAGCCUGUUACACUCAACGUUGCAGAUAUCCCCAAGGAACCACACUGUCCUCUCCAGCAGGGGACCCUGUGUCGAUGUGAAGUUCAUGGUGGCUGCAGCAGCCCUAUGGACUGUGGCUCCAGCCCCAAAGCACAGUCCUUGGCUGGACCUAAAACCCAGAACAGCAAAGAUGUGCCUGAAGUCGCCCCACACACUGCUCUGCCGUCUGAAUUGAGUGUUGAGGAAAGAAGGAUACUGGCAGCCAAAGCCCUGGCGAACUUAAGUGAGUUUGCAGAAAAGGAGGAAGUGAAAAGGAAGGUAGAAAUAUGGCAGAAAGAACUAAAUUCCCGAGACGGAGCUUGGGAAAGAAUAUGUGGUGAAAGGGAUCCUUUCAUCCUGUGCAGUUUGAUGUGGUCGUGGGUGGAGCAGCUGAAGGAGCCUGUAAUAACCCAAGAGGACGUGAACAUGUUGGUUGACAGACGUGCGGACACUGCAGAAGCACUGUUUCUAUUAGAGAAGGGCCAGCACCAGACAAUUCUUUGCGUGUUACACUGCAUCGUGAGCCUGCAGACAAUUCCCAUAGACUUGGAGGAAGCCGUCCUUGCCCGUGCCAUUCAAGCUUUCACUAAGGUUAAUUUUGAUUCUGAAAAUGGACCAAUAGUUUACAACACCCUAAAGAAAAUAUUUAAGCACAUACUUGAAGAAAAAAGAAAAAUGACAAAAGAUAGCCCUAAGGCUAGUGUUUAGUGCAGCUGACUUUCCCUUCAUGGUGAAUAUCUCAGACCAGAAGAUCCAGGUGGCAUUUCUGUUCAUCGGUGAACAUUUUCAGGAGUGGAGCUGCUGCAUCUCCUAGCACUUACUUCAGUGCUUUUGGUUUGUGCUAAGAGUGACUGUUUCUGUUUGGAGCAAUUAUUUAUUUUAAAAUAUUGUUGAGCUACCUUUUUGUGUUGAAAAAUUGCUAUGAAGUUGCUGCCACUUUUAUUUAUUUAACUGAAUUAAUGUUGUUGUAUUAAUAUUUCCUUAUUCUUUUUGACAUUAUGGGAAAAGUUGUAACUCUUCUUUCCAAACAGUUACCUUGUUGACAGAACUCUUUCUACAGUUUUUACCAAAUAUAUGUCAGUAGUAAAACCUACUGUGUAUCCAUCCCUGAUGCAUGAAGUAAGGAAGUCACCAAGUGUCUUAAACCAAGUGUUUUCUAUUUCUUAAUAAGCCUGUUGAUACAUUUUAAAAGGUUUUUUUUUAAUUGUUGAUUUUUUUCUUCUUUUUAUAAAUGUGACAAAGGGUUUCAAAGUGUAUUAUUUUUCAAAGUAGUUUAGUUUUAUGUUAAUGGAAUGACUGUGAGAUGGUUGGAUUUUGUUACUUGUAGAAAGGAGAUUUGCUCUGGCUUCUAGACGAUGUUGCCAACCUCUGCUGUCACAGGACACUAGUGGUUCUCACACAUCAAGCCUUAUUCCCACUCCCCUGGGCUGCUGCUGAGCCGAAGAGCAUCUUUACAAAGGAACUGGGAUCAGCGGAGGCGCUGUGGGAAUCGCUCUGAAGCAGGACCUCACAGAACGGUCCGUCUCACGGGGUGGGCUCUGUGGCCCUGCUCUCCAGGCGCUGUAGCUGCUCCCCAGAGCCAUGUCUGUUCAUGCUGACAGUGUGACAGUGUGAGAUCUGGCCCAUGCCUCCCAGUCUGCCAUACUAUAGACCAAGUUGCCUUUGACUGCCUUUUGUCUAGGAUUAGUAAGAUUUUUAAAUUGAUUUUGAUCCACUUAUGUUACAUUCACCCUACUGGCUUUAGAUAAGAAGUAACCUCCUGAACUAGUUCCUUGCAGAACCAAACUCUCAUUCAGCUGUUGAAGCCAUAACUAAUAUUCAAAUAAAUGGGUGGGGGGGUACCAUAGGCCAAGCCAAAGAGAAUCGAAGUUUUUCCCAGUAAAGGUGAUAUUAAUCAAACCAUUUUCAGACUAAAGAAGUUACUACUUACUCAUAAAGACAGAAUGUCAGGAAAAGCUCAUUUACAACAAAUGAAAUUUCUCCAACUUCUGCAUUUGUGAAUCAAGCACAUUAAAAAUAUUGUAGUCAUUAUCAGCCUUACUAACUGGUGGCAAACACUAAAUGCCAUUUUCUCCCACCUUGUUUGACUUUUCUUAGGAAAUCAAAUCCAAUGAAUUUUAAUGAACUGGGUUGCCCAUUCCUGAUAUUUCUCAUUUUCAAGUGCCUGAUCUGAGAAAGUAGGAGAGAAAACAAUUACAUUUUAUCCAAAGAUAUGUUAUUAAAAUGUUUUGUACCCAAAAA